AUGUCAUUCAAAGACGUGAAAAUACACUAUGUAAACACAGAAAAUGAGAUGAAUGCCGUUGCUGAGAGUUUGAAAGACGUUGGGUCUGUUGGGUUUGAUGUUGAAACGUACAGGGGACGUGCUUCGGUCAUCCAAAUAUCGACGAUGAAAGAUUCGUAUGUUAUUCAAGUCUGUUGCUUUAGACGGUUUCCCCAGUUCUUGACAGAUUUUUUGCAAAACAAAGAAAUUUCAAAAUUGGGUGUUGGAGUUCAUAGCGAUUUUGAACUUAUUGACAAAACCUUUAGGAUCAAUUGUGUUGGUGGACUUGAUGUUGGGUGGGUUGCGUAUGUUAUUGGCAUUACAUCCGAUUACAGAAACUUGGAUUUCUUAGGAGAGCAAUUAACUGCGGAGAAAAAAUUGACUUUUGAUGGGUUUUGGGGGAAAGACCAAUUGUCGAAAGACCAGAUCAAUUACGCUGCAAAAGAUGCGUGGCUUGGCAUUGCUGUUGGGCAGAAAAUCUACGACCAAGGACUCACCACAAAAGAGAAAAGAAGAACGGACUUCGACGGAUGGUGCGUUCAUAUGCAGACAAGUAAAGAGGACGUUGAAGAGUACGUGAAAGAUCAUAAUGUCAAUACCUUUUUGUUAGAUGUCAACGUUAGCUGUGAAUUGGACGGAAUACGAAAAUCAAAGGAAUACGCCGACAAACUCAAAAAAGCUCAAAGGAGAAACAUGAGAAUCCUCGAGAAGGAAUCGGACGAGAAAAAGCCACGUAAAAACACCGCCGACCAUAAAGUCGUCAAAACCGAAGUCGAAAAAGCCGGAAAUAAAGUCGAAAUUGUUAAACAAAAAAUUGAAAAGGCUGAAAUGCAGAAAACAGGCGAAAAGUCGAAAGAGGAGAAACCUCAAGAAAGUGCGGAAAAGAUGGAUAUUGAAGAACAAAACCCGUCUUCGUCGGAAGAAUCAGAAAACUCUGAAGACUCAAAGGAGAUGAGUGAACAGGAAGAUGAAGAGAUGGUCACUAACAUUAUUUGA